UCAUUAAUUUUUUCCUUCUCUUUCAUCACCAAAACAAUAUCAAAGCAAUACAGAGACAGCGAAAGAGAGAAAGAGAGAAAGAUUCUAGGGUUUGUUGGGGGCUUUCGAAAGAGAGAGAGAGAGAGAGAGAGAGAGAGAUUGAAGAAGAAGAAGAAGAAGAAUGAUGAUGAUGGAGGGAGCGAGCAAUGGAGGGAUGUUGUACCACGAGGUACAAGAGUCGAAGCUCUGCGCCGUGCAUUGCGUGAACACGGUGUUACAAGGACCUUUCUUCUCCGAAUUCGAUUUGGCCGCACUUGCUUCAGAUCUCGAUCGGAAAGAGCGCCAGAUGAUGCUCGAAGGCGGUGCCAGCUCCGGCGAUUUCCUCUCCGAGGAGUCUCACAAUGUUUCCUUGGAUGGCGAUUUCAGUAUCCAGGUUCUACAAAAGGCUUUGGAAGUAUGGGAUCUUCAAGUCAUCCCUCUUGACUCUCCAGUUGCAGAGCCUGCCCAGAUUGACCCCGAGCUGGAAAAUGCAUUUAUAUGCCAUCUGCACGAUCAUUGGUUCUGUAUUAGGAAAGUGAAUGGAGAGUGGUAUAAUUUCGACAGUUUAUAUGCGGCUCCACUUCACCUCUCCAAGUUUUAUCUUUCAGCAUACUUGGACAGUUUAAAAGGCUCUGGAUGGAGUAUUUUCCUAGUCAGAGGAAACUUCCCAAAAGAAUGUCCCAUGUCAUCGUCUGAAGCUUCUAAUGGUUACGGACAAUGGCUUUUACCUGAAGAUGCUGACAGAAUAACUAAAUCCUGCAACUCUACGGAGGCACCACUGCCUCCGCCUCACCAAACGAAUUGGAGUCAACAGUCUUCUGAUCCUUUUAGUUCAUAUUCAGAGGCAGAUAUUUCAGAAAUGGAAGAUGAGGACUUGAGGGCUGCAAUAGCUGCCAGCCUGAUGGAUCCAUCCCCAGCCAUGACAAAUGCUGCAACAACGGCCAGCCUGGCAGAUUUAUCGUCUCCGGCCAUGACAAAUCCUGCAAUAAUGACCAGCCUGGCUGAUUCAUCUCCAGAGGUGACCAGUGCUGCAAUACCGGCCAGCCCAAAGGAUUCGCCUCCAGCUGUGACCAAUGCCGCAGCUGGCACCCCUGAAAUUGAAAAUAAAACAGGUGAAGGUGAAACAGCAUAAAAGAGGAAAGUACAUUAUUUAUUUUUUUGUUUUUUGAAUUCAUAGUUACUGGUUGAGGGCAAUGAUCCAUGUCAAGUUGGAAGGUUGAACUCGCCCUUGGCUCAAAGGUCAUUGUACUUUGACGAGAAUACAUCUGCCUCAUUUUAUGAGGUCGAAAUUCAAAUUAAUGUAAAAGCUUGAAAAGAUAAACUCCCACCUUCACAAUUAGUUUAUCCUUGUUAUUUACCCAGAAAAAAAAAAAAAAAACUUAUCCUAGUUUGUUCCUUUUUGACAA